UACUUCUAGAUUUCAACCAAUGUCAAUCACUUUAUAGUUCAAAUGCAAAACGCAAAUACAACAAUGAUCACGUACGAUUAAUUCAAGAGAAUGCAACCAUCAUAGACUCAUUAAUCGCGCAUCGCAAACUUCGACGUCGGAUCUUUGCAAUCAUGUCUAAGAUCAUGAACUUGACGUUGUUUUUAACUCUCACUUUUCUUAUGACCUUGAAUGUCGUGCUCAUUAAUGACACCAGAAAAGAAAGGAAUUCAGAAGUCGAUAAGUACAGCUCAACUACAACUGUUUUUUUAAUCGAAGUUAUCAAACUUGGGCUAUGUUUGGUGUUCUUAUUUAUUACCUGCGGCACAUCGCCCACCAAAUUUAUGAAGUCGAUUGAAAUUGAAAUUUUUGGAAAGCUUACUGAAACUUUGAAAUGUUCGAUUCCGGCGCUUAUUUACGUAGUUCAGAAUAAUUUAGCGUACGUUGCUUUGCAGUACCUCGACCCCGGAACUUUCACAGUCACGGCUCAAAUCAAGUUAUUAACGACUGCCGUGUUUAUGCGUCUUCUGCUUGGAAAAGUUCUAAAAAACGUACAGUGGGUUUCUUUGGUUAUCCUUCUAAUCGGAGUUUCUCUAGCGGAAGUGGACCAGUUUGCUUCGCCGACCGUUCGGUCAAGCGAGAAGCUUUUGGACGUCGCUAUAUCACAGUUGCCGAACAACAGAAACACCCAGAUAAUAAUACCACCAGGAACACCAAUAAAGUAUUCCUUGAUAAAUGGUACAGAAUCGCAGAGCUUAGAUCGUCUGCUAUACAGCAAUACAACAGGCAGAGACUUGUCAGAUGUAGCGAAGAGAGAAACAAUUCAGAGGGAGGGAAACUGGGACUACUUGAAGGGUCUGAUGGCAGCUGUGACCAUGACCUUUACCUCUGCACUGGCGGGAGUGUACAUGGAGAAACUACUCAAAGCGUCAUCUUCAUCAUCAUCAUCACAGUCACAGUCAUCUUCUUCUUCACCUUCUUCCGCUCCCUCCUUGCCAUCAUCACCUUCUUUGUCGCCGAAGGAAACAAAAAACAACACAGAUGCAAGCACAGUGCAGUUGUCGCCAGUGGGUAGUCUGUGGAUGAGGAACAUCCAGAUGUUCAUCUUCUCCAUCCCCUCCUCCCUCAUCGGCUGCAUGGCCAAGGACGGAUUAGUCAUUCAAGAGAAAGGAUUCACGCAUGGAUACACGCUGAAUGUCUGGCUCAUUGUCUUGUCCGGAUCUCUGGGCGGGCUAGCGACUGCCCUGAUGUUGAAAUACUUGGACAACAUCUAUAAAAAUUUUGCCAGUUCUUUCUCAAUUCUCUUGGCGGCUCUUUGUUCGAUGAUUUUGUACAGAAAACAGUAUCAUGAGUUAUUCUUUAUUGGCUGCACGAUGGUGUGUUCAUCACUGUUUAUGUAUCAUAAAAAUAGCGAAACUGCAGCUACUAGAGCAAUUUUAACUCCCUCAUCACAAAACCACACUAAAUCCUUCUUCCGUGUAUAG